GAGGGCAUCCCGCCUGACCAGCAGCGCCUCAUCUUCGCUGGCAAGCAGCUGGAAGACGGGCGUACGUUGUCAGACUACAACAUCCAGAAAGAGAGCACCUUGCACUUGGUGCUGCGCCUCCGUGGUGGCAUGCAGAUCUUCGUCAAGACGUUGACUGGCAAGACCAUCACUCUUGACGUUGAGGCCUCAGACACGAUCGAUAAUGUGAAGGCCAGGCUGCAGAGAGCUGUGAAGUUUGUGAUCUGUCUGGGCGGUGGCGUCAUUGGGAAGGAGGCCAGGAACCGUCUCUUGGCUAUCCUGCAGAUGAGUGGCAAGCUGGACAAAGCACAGAGCGGACUGGAUGCUCUGAUCCACCAAGUCGAGCCGGCCAAGCUCAAAAAGCUCGCUGAGGCCAAGACCACCACGGCGCGCGACUUGCUGAAUUUGGCCAACAGCUGCAGCCCGCCGAUCGCUUUCAGCUCUUCCUUCAGGACUGACUCGACGCGGCCACCCCGGGCUUCCUCGGCGGACAAGGGCAAGGGCAAGGCGAAUGGGAAGGGCAACAAUAAGGGCUUUGACAAGUCUAAAGGCAAGGACCUGGGCAAAGGCAAUGGCAAAGGUGGCGACGCCAAUGCCCCGGUGACGAUCGAUGCAGCUGGCCUGGGCAAUGUGCACGUGCUGCCGAACUUGAAGCGCAGUGGCAGCCCGUGUGCGACUGGCGUCUUCCUCGCUGAGGCCAGAGCUGCUGAGGAUAUUGUUCGUGAGCUUCGGGAUGAACCUUGGCCAGCUCCCUUGGCCAUCCUGGUGACGGGCAACCUCAAGACGAUUGUGAAGCACUGGCAGGACCCGCAGCUGCUGGCCACGGGAACCGAAGUUGCUGUGCCCACGUGCCAGGGCACGCGCAAGCUCGUGCGGAAAAUGGUGGCGUUCCAGGUUGGCUCUGCCGCCCUGAACAUCCCGUCGCCUGCUGUCUUUGAUUUGGAGGAUGAGUUUGAGUCUUACCAGACAUGGAAUAUGCAGGUCAGGCAGCUGUGGGCCCCCUCCGAAAUCUGGCAGGCUUGCUGUACGCCUCAGCCGUCCAAGCCCUCGGCGACGGGACGGAAAAUCUCUACGGCCGCCUACCUGUCCGAGCUCCUCAAAACCCUGCUGCUUGCCAAGCUUAAGCUCAAGGAGAGCACCGACGUGGAGGCCUGGAGUGGACGCAAGCACGGGGAUGCGGAUGGGCAUGCUGGCUGCAUCGAUUCGUUGAUUCGCGUCCCGCGGCAGUAUGAAGAGGCCCUCCGACGUGCGUCAGGUCAUGAUGGCAUCUUCUUUGAGCGCAAGUUUGUUUCCGAGGAAGCUAAGGAGGCCGAGCGUGCGGCGCGCCCCCUCAUCGCUGUUCCUGGGGAUGACUGGGACCUUGACAAGAUCCAGACCACCUUGCGCGACACCGAAGGCGCUGAGGGCUUCGAGGUCUGGGGCAAGCGCUUGAUGUUGCGGGUGCAGAUUGAAUAUGAGCCGGCUGCGCGCCUUAAGCUCACGGGCAAAGAGCAUGCACCUACUGACCUUUUGUGGAGGAUGUCGGGUGUGCCACACCUCAAGAUGGCACAGCUUGCUGAUUUCUUGAAGGACCGGUUGCUUUGGGAAGUUGAGGAGAUUAUCUCUUUUCGGAAAAAAGAGGCUGUGGUGCGGGCAGCCUCUCCCCCUCCGAGCCAGUACCAGUGCGGUGGCCAGGACUUCUGGUCAAUCAUCAUGGGCACCGAGGCUGUCACUAUUCGCCAAAUCGUGCCAAAGCACCGUCGAAAGGAGGCCCGGCCGGUUGAGGACAUCACCUUUGCUGCUAGCAACCGGCCCGUGCCUGCAGAUUGGAGCAAAUUGCUGACACCGGUGCCAUGUGGCCCAUCCAUGGAGAUCGAUGAUGGUGAUGACCCAGAGCUUGAGGAGCUGCCAGGCGAUGGGACCACCACCUCGGGCGCUCUGGGCCAGUUCCUUCGGGCUCAGGCUAUGCCAGGGUCCAGCAGACAUUGCAAGCUCACCCAGGUGGCCACGGAACUCACUGAGUCGGCUCAGCAGCAGCUUCGCCGGGUCAUCGAGAAGAGCACCGAGGACAAUGCAUCGCAGCAGCGCUGGCUGGAGAUGGCGGUGGAUAGCAAGCUUGCUACUUUCCAGCAGGCGUUGCUCGAGAAGCAAACUACGUGGGAGAAGGCCCAGGACAGCAAGCUCCAGGAACUUCAGACGGCGCAGCAAGAGCUCAAAGAGAGCACCCAGCUGGAGUUUCAGAAUGUGCACGACACAGCGGCCAAUCGGCACCGCGACCUCAUGAAUCAGAUGACUUCGAUGAUGGCGGUGUUGCAAGCUCAUGGCCCUGGAGGAGAAAAGCGACCGGGCGAAUUCCCGGAGCAUGCUGUUGCGAAGGCCAGGGCUAUGUCGGAUGCUGUGGAAGUGGAGUGUUUUGACAAGGCCAGAUGUGAUGUGGUUCCACCUGGGCUUGGAGGGGGCGGCGACGAGCACAUGGUAGCUGUUUCGCGAGGGCACGACCGAUGUGGCGAGCCUUACUUCGCUGCGAUUUCAGAUGAGGCUUUGGAGGCAAAAGAUGUGAAGUGUUUUGGCAAGGCCAUGUGUGAUGUGGUUCCACCUGGGCUUGUCGACUCGUCGUAUAGCAAUUCAGAUGUCUUGCCGUGGCCGACGAUCCUCUACCGGCUCACGGUCCUCGUCAUGCAGAUUGGGGGCUUCGCGAUGUUGUCGGACACCCACGCCUCCGGUGGUUUUCGAGAUUUCGGGUUUUUCUCGGCUGCUGGGCGAUGGCUGGCUCGACAUGCUGGCUACCUCCUGUUCCUCGGCCUCUUUUUCAUGGACUUCGCCCUUUUGGCGAUGCAGCCUGUCUGUUGGCAGGUAAGUUUUCUCGGAAUUCGUUUGGGCGAAGCUGCUCUACCCGGCCACCGACGGCGAGCUCCCAAGGGCUACAGUCUGGCCAGAAAGGUGAACAAUUUGAAGCUUCGCUCCCACAACAUGGGUGGAUUGCGCAGCUGGGAUAAAAAAUCCCAACUUUGGUGCGAAGAUGCUGCUGAUGUGCUCGCCAUCCAGGAGACAUGGGCCGAUGCCAAGGAUAUCCUCGAUGGCCGAAGGCACCUCGCUACGCAUGGGUUGCGCUCCUACUGGAGUGCUCCGGGGCCUGCGCGUGGGCAUGGCUCUGGAACCCUGGUGGCUGCCCUUCGACCCGUGGUGUCCAAGGAGUUCUUCACUGCGGGCUUCGACUCCGAAAUGGACCACCUUUGGGCCUCUACGCGAGCUGCUGGCGCAUGGGUCGAGACCAACCAGGUGGACAAUGGCUUCGCGGUCCUCUCCUUCUAUGGCAUUGCUGGGGCCAACGCCUGCAACAACAAGCGCCUCGAAUCGGAUCGGAUGCUGAUGGCUUUGCUUUGCCACCUGGGGGCCUACAAGCACAGGCCCAUCUUCCUGUGCAUGGAUGCCAACUUGAGCUUUGAAAAGAGUGACACCAUGCAAGCCCUCAUCAAGCUCGGCUGGACUGACCUGGCAGCUGGCCUUGGUGGCACUUUCAAGGUUAAGCCUACGGAUGCGAACCCGUGCAGUCGCAUCGACUUUGUGUUCGCGAACCCUGCUGCUGCUGGCUUGGUGAUGGAUGUUCAGCUCCGAUGGCUGCCAGGCUUCCAACAUGCAGCUGUGGAUAUCGACCUCCACCUUGGCCUGGACACUGGACCGAUUUCGAGGCUGCGGGUUCCCAAACGAAUGCCCCGGGUGCCUGCUUUGUCUCAAGGUGACCUGGAGACCUACGAGGAAUGGGCCAAUGACACCUGGCAGCACUCCUUUGCCUCUGGUUUCAAGGUGGCCCUGACUCAGAAGGAUACUGCUGGUGCCUGGCAACUCUGCGAGGCCUUCGACUCCGAAUGUCUCAAAAUGAGGCUGGACCUGGCCGGCAUCAAUGACCCGAAGGCCUCCUCUGGACGUGGUGCAGUGCCCUCGACGAUGCAGUGCACCCCCUCACGACACCGAAGCCCUGGCUACGACCAUGCAUGGAGUACCUUUGUUGCUUGGCUGGAGUCCCUCUUUGCUUUGCACGAGAUUGGCUCCUUUGCCUCGGGAGUGCAGCUGGAAACUCAAUGGCGGCUUGGCUGUGCUGGCUAUAGCGGCUUCCUCUCCCACCUCCUUGGCCUCGCAUGCUCGCUCCCGGAGGGUGUGACCUGGUGGCAGGAGCUACGACUACGGCUUGAUGUUGCCCUCAAGGACAGAGCCGAGGCAGCAGCGCAGCGCAAUGCUUGCGCAAAGACGGCCUGGGCCAAAAAGAUGCGCUCCAUUGUCCAGGCUUGCAAGCACCUCAAGGGCCCACAGCAGAAGCAGACCAGCCACUUGGUCGACAAAGACACUGGCGAGAUCGUUGUGGUUGUUAGUCGCAUGCAUGACAUGUUGUUGAAGGCUUGGCAGCCCCUCUUCUCCAUGUAUGCCACUAAGCCUGAGCCCGACUGGCACGAUUUCGCCAAGGAGUACGCUGUUGAGUUGCAGGAUUGGCACGCGACCUGCCCGGAUGCUCUCCCUGCCUCGGGCCUUGCACAUGCUGUCCGGACGCGCGGUGCUGACAAGGUUGGGGGCACGGAUGGCUGGACCACUGCAGAAGGCCAUUUGCUUCCGGAUGUGUCCUUUUGGGCGCGCCAGACAUGCUUGGAAGCUGUUGCGUGUGGCUCUGAUUGGCCACCUCCUUUGCUCUUCGGUACGGUGCCCUUGCUGCCGAAGAACGACUCAGGACUCCCGGAGGACCAGCGCCCUUUGACGUGCUUUUCGCUUUGGAAUGUGGGCUGGGACAAGGCCACGUACGCUGCCACAAAGCCUUGGCUGGAUGUCUUGCUCCCGGUGGCAAUGCGGGGAGCUCGUGCUGGUGCCAUGACCAUGGAUGUGGCCUGGAUGGUUGCGCUGAUGCUGGAGCAUGCUCACUGCUACUCUCAAGAGAAGGCGGGCUACCUCUUGGAUCGUGAAAAAUGCUUUGAUCGGCUCCCCUGGGCGAUCACCUUUGCCCUGGAACAGCAUGCUGGAUUCCCCAGCUCGUGGUCACAGGCCGAUGCUCGCUUGAACCGUGACUUGCAAACUGCAUUCCGGCUCGGCCCCCUGAUUGGGCCCUUCUGGAAGUCUACCAACUCCUUCAGGCAGGGGCUGGCUAGCAGUGUCAGGCGAGUGUCCCUCAUCAUGGCCAUCUGGGUCCGAAGGCAAUGCAACAUCUUGCCCAGAUCCUUUGUGGGCAACUUCUUCGAUGACUGCUUAGUGCUGACCGACACCCAGGCCGAGCAGCAGCAGUCCAUGAAUGAGAGUGACCUUUUUGACCAACUUACUGGCCAGAGGAUUGGGCACAAGAAAACUGUUGGCUUCACGGUCCCGUGUGCUGAGCCGGUGUUGCGGUCCCGAGGUCAGCUCCUCAAGCAGGUCACCGUUGAUAAGCUCUUGGGGGUGCUCAUUCCGAUGGACAACCAGCCUGACCGCUCCUUGCAGGACAAACGCGCCCUCGAGGCACAGGCUGAGAUCCACCCCGUUGCCAAGCUCCUAGUGUCCUUGGAGGAGAAAGCCACUCUGCUCUCCCUGAAAACUGCUGGAGCUCGCUACGGACUUGAGUUGGAGGAGCCCUCGGCACAGGUUGCUCACGACUUUGACCAGUGUGUGCUGCAGACUUUGUGUGGACAGCGUGCGCUCAGGUGCAAGUACACCAGCAUGGGCCUGGCUUGGCGUGGUCACAGACUCUUCUUGGAGAUGGCCACCCCCUACCAGGCCUUCGACAUGGCGCGCAGGCAGCUCUUACGGUUGCCCUUGGCUCAGGAGCUCUUUCGGGAGGUGUGGGAGUUCCGUGACGCUCACUCUUUGUGGGACGAGGCUGGAGUGUGCAGCCACUUGGGGCGACAGUGCCAAAAACUUCGUUGGUCCUGGGAUGAACCCUUUACCAUCCAGACCCUCCAUGGCAAGCUUGACCUUUGCUGUCCUGUUAAGGGCUGGUUUCAACAUGGGCUACGGGUUGAGCUUCGCCAAAGUUUCUUCCAGCUCGUGCCAGACAGAAAAGACCUCAAGGGCAUCCAAGAUGGCGUGGACUAUGAGGUCACUACUGCGCUGCUGCGGGGGUCUACGUUGGAUGCGGCCCAGUGCAACCGGCUCCGUUUUCUGUGGGAAGGGCGUGUUGCUACUGAGGAGCGGGCUGCCAAGCACGGAGGUGGCGACCCGACAUGCCCCUACUGCACCUUGGGAGUCCCUGAGACCUCUCUGCACGUUUCCCAGGACUGCCCGCGCUUUGCUAGUCAGCGCGAAACUUUGUUGGCUCGGACCACUCAAGCAGAGCGCGACACCUGGCCGCCAUGCUUUUGGAAUGCCGGCAUCCUUCCCCUGGAGGCCUCACUGCUUGAGCUGCAACAACAGCUACCGCCAUACAGCCUGGAAGACCCGGAGGCCCCGGAGUACAUCAAUGACGAGUUCACUGAUGAGUGGUUUCGCUGUGGCCGUCUGGUUGUUGCUGGGGACGGCGCGUGUACGAACCAAGGCACCCCACUUGCUCGUGCUGGCUGUGGUGCUUUCUUUGGGCCGGGCCACGUUCUCAACUUCGAGUUUGCGCUUGCAGGGCCAGUUCAAGACUCCGACCGUGCAGAACUUCGUGCUCUCCUUCGUGUUGCUCGGUGGACUCCUUGCCUGACAGAGUACCUUUGCGACAACGAGGCUGUUCCGCACAACCCUGGGCUGACCAUGGUGACCCUUUGGGCUGCGCUGCGUCAGGUCCUAGAUGCUCGUGGAUGGGACCUGCUGCGGGUCUCCUUUGUCAAAGGACAUGCCGAUGCCGUCGACAUCGCCAUGGGUCGCGCUACUGCUAAGGAAGCGCGCUGGAAUGAUGCAGCAGACCGUCGUGCAGUCGCUGGCGCGGCUCUUCACGCCGUCCCGCCUGCUGCCAAGGACCUGUACCGUCGGCGAGUGGAAGUGACCAAGCUCAUGCAGCGCACGCUGCUGAGCAUCCAUGAGGCUCGGACCAACCUGUGGUCCCAACGUCAGCUGCUUGAGGACGGUCAAGGACCACGACCUGGUGAUGCUCCUGCUGAUCCUCCUGGUGACCCGCCUCCAGCAGACCAGGGCCAGACCUCAGCUAGCACUGAGGCCUCACGGCGACUACAGGUGCAGGACGUCUUUGCUAGACCGCAGACUGCACUCCCCAGGUACUGCUGGGACCGGCCGGAUGGUGGUGUCCGUUUUGCACUGCCACCUUUGCCUGCAAGGAUCGGAGCUGCUCCCAAUGCGAAAGAUCGGCACAAAAACAACCCUGACCACCUCCCCUGGAGAUAUGGCUCGGGGUUCAUUGAGCCCCUCUACUGGUUCUGGGCCAGCCUCGAAUGGGUUGACCAGGUGCAGGUUGGCAAUGAGGUGGUCAACACCACGUCGUACUGUGAGCUGGCAAUUGCCUUUCAGCUGCUUACUGGUCUGGUGCCUGACGCUGACACGACUGCAAGGGGCUCCACGAUGCAGCAGAGAGGCCACUUCUUUGCUGCAGCUUCGAAGCGAUUGGCUGCCAUUCUUGGCUCUCAGCUGUGUCCUGGCGCCAGCGCACCUCUUCCUGAGGUUCUCCGAAGACUUCGUUUUCAGCACAGCCCUGGAGUUGAAGGCAGGUUCAGCCUGCCCAGCGACUACUGGCAACACUACUGUGCUGUCUGGGUGCGGGCCCACCUAGAGGUCCCUACUGUGGUUGGAGCUCCGAGGCAACUGAAAUGGGUCCCCAACUUUGACCGACCUCCUGAGCCGCUGUGGCGCAGCACUGCUCCGAUUGGCUUCGAGGCUGCCAGACGGUGGAUUAAUGCUAGGGACCUAGCUGCUGCUUUGGCGCGGGGCCCAACUCCAGCGCGUACAGCAGGCUCGUCAGCAGCCCAGCCUCGUGUGUGUCAGCCUGCUUCUGUGCCUCCCGUCCGGCGCUACCGUGGCAAGCAAACUGAAGAUGUGGUGGGAGUGGUGGCGCCGACUGCUCCUGUUCCGAAGGCGCGUGCAAUGGCCAGACUGCCUCGACUCGCUGAGGAUGCCCUCACCGAGGCUGAGCAAGCCCAGUUGCAGGGUCUUUCGGGUGUCCGUAAGAACCAGAUGCUCAAGAUGCUCCGUCACAACCGUGAUGCUGUGGAACGUGGCAAACACUUUGUCGUUGUUGGGCAUGAAGCUGAUACCAUCGGUCAGCUGAAAUGCCGGGACUGUGCUAUGCAGGGCAGGUGGGCUGAGUGGCCCUACUUCGCUGUCAGAUCGAGCUGCAAGAGAAGGUCUGAUGGAGCCUCCUCUUCGUCGGCGAGCCGAGCUUGCUCUUCACGAGCUCGCUAG